AUGUGAAGGUAGUCGCAGUUCUGGGUCCUCUUGUUGUAGGGGCGGGUCCGAGCCUUGUUACAACGAGGCCAUGCUGGGAGCCAAGACGUGUCCGAGGAGCGACCAGGGCCGACGUCGUUGUACUGCAGGCUGCAUAGUGAUACCAAUGCCAGCAAGACGAAAAGGCGUCGCAGGAGACGACCACAGAUGUACCGCCGGCCGUGAUCCGUCCGUCGUGCGCCUGGAACACCACUUACGUCACGUGCUUCCUUAUAGUUGCCGUGACCGGCUCUUGCGCAGCCUUCUACUUUGGCGCGGACGUCUCCAAGUGGCUGUCUCCGACGCCAGUCUGCGCGACACCCGGCUGCGUGCAGCUGGCUGACCGACUCGCCGCGUCUAUUGACGCUGCAGUGAACCCCUGCGACGACUUCUACCGCUUCGCGUGCGGCGGCAUACUCGGCACGGUGGCGAACUCCACGUCGUCGGCGUCACAUUCGGCACCAACUCCCGUCGGUGAUCAUCAGCAUGCCGUCCUGUCCAGGGUUCACACGAUCCUGGCCAAGUGGGCCGUCGAAGACAAGAUCCAGACUCCGCUGCAGACGUCAGCGUCUCUCUACCAAGGCUGCAUCGCCGUUGUCGGUGGAAGAAAGAAGGGCGUCCGACGACUUGUGCGCUUUCUCGAGAAGUGCGGCCUCAACUUCGCGAAGGCUGAGGAUCUAGACACCGAUCCGCUGGACUCGGCGCUGAGCCUCAAUGUGCGCUACAACGUCAAGACGCUCUUCCAUGUCGCCGCUGAAGGUCUGCAGCUCCUGGUACGGCCGAGACGCGCCCUAGAAACUUGGUCGUCGCAGCGCCAGGUGUUCAUUAAGAAGCACACCUACAGUGACUACCUCGAGAACACGUUCGCGCUUCUUGGCUUCCCGACGCGCAUGAGAAUCACCUUCAUGGCCGCGUCUGUGUGGGAGACUGAGGACACGGUGCUGCGUCUCUUUGCCAGGGUCAAGCUGGACGACAAGUCACUCGUGAAGUUCGACUACGUGGAGCCCAGGACCGUCAUGGAGCGCCCGGACUGGAAGCGCCACCUUGGCCGCUUCUGGGACCGCGUUGCCGUCAAGGGCACCUCCAUGGCGAUCUUUCUCAGGCACGUUUUCGUUGACCUGACGCCGCUGGCCAUCACGCAGUACAUCUUUUGGGAAGUGGUCCGACAGUUGGGACCCUUGGCCGACUACCGCCUAUCGACUCCGGACGAGAACGCCCAGCUCGCCGAAGACCGCUGCUUCCGUGUCGUCUACGAUGUCGCUGGGCUCGCACCCUUGGCAUUGGUAUUGGCGCAGGAGGUGAGCACAGAGACGGUUCUCUCGGCCGCGUCCUUUCUCUCUGGGCUUCUCCGAAACGUGGGCGCGACCAACGUUACCACGCGCGUGGUUGACCCAAGGCACCUACUGCAGCAGACGGCCUCUUCUUCGUCAUCGCCCGGUCGUCGUGCCGGAGACGCUGUGGCCCCCGAGGAUUCGUUACCGGACGUGCAUCAGGAUGACGAGGAUGGCGCGAUCUUCGACUCCUUCCUGCGCGUCAUGUUGGCAUUAAGGGAGCGGGAGCUGGACACGCUCGAUGCCCUCGUGGCGGUGCCCACCGAGGAAGACCUGCUCGCGUCUCAUGUCACUGUCGAUGCCAAGAACAGACGCGUCAUAGUGCCGACCUUAAUGCUUGUUCAGCCCUGGUUCUCGCCUGACGUUCCGCGCAGUUUCAACUACGCCGGCCUAGGGUUCGCUGUCGUCAGAGAACUGAUCCGCGCAAACAUCCGCUUGAAGGCGCGUUUUCCCGCGAAGUCCACCAUGGCAGGCAACGACUGCAAUCACACGACCCGUGGUACCGAUGGUCGUGCCCUGGAGACCCUACUGCGAGUCCUGGAUAGAUCAGGUCGCGAAAGGAACAAGCUGAGGCUCCCAGGCUUUUUGGAUUCCAUGAGCGAGGAACAGCUUUUCUUUCUUGCCUUCUGUACAGGCGGCUGCGGCAAGAUUGAGACCGCUCAUCAUGCCGUCGGCGAGUGCAACAAUGUGCUUCGCAGCACGCCACACUUCGGCGGUUCGUUCCACUGCAUUCGUGGAAUGCAUAUGAAUCCAACACACCUCGACCGAUGCGACACUCCGCAGCCUGCGAUAAAAAGCCGCAGGAAAUUGAUGUUCACUGGCCUUUACUGGCGCAACGUCGCGCGGAAGGUCGCGAAUAUGUGGCCACAUAACUUGACAGUUCGCUACAAACAACCUUAACAGCAUUCUAUUCGCUCACGAUGUCCUCCUUUAUUCGUUCUAGGGUGUCUUAG